CUGAAAUAGGCUGUUUUGAAUCUUGUUGUUUUUGGAAGAUGGAGACAAGGCGUCAACCACUGAAGCGUCUUUGCUCAGACUCAAGCACUGAAUCACCGAGGAAGAGAAGAUUCACAGUAAUAGAUGAAGAAGCAGAGAACUGUGAUCCUUUACUGUCUUCUGGGCCUGAGUAUUCUCCAAAAAGUAGAUGGCAUUCUCUUUUGCGUGUUGCUGAGCAGGAAAUUAAGCCAGACACACCCGCUAUUCCUUCUGUGAAGUCCAGAAUUCAGAGACUCCAUGAGAUCAGUAGCAAAGAUCUUCUACUUGGUUCAGAUGGGGAUUCUUACUCUGUGGGAGACAAAUCCUGGACAGAGGAUUCCUCGGUUCUCACAGAUUCUGAGAGAAAAAUGAAAUCGGCAGAUAUGACAGGCCGUCUGGAUAUCUCCUCAGUGUUAGAGAAGUUUGAGUGGAAACCAGGCAUGGAAGAACAGACGCUGCUGCCACCUUUAGCUCAGAGCACUAUUGCCCAUCGUCGUCCGCUUCCAUCCCAGGAAGACCAAGCUCCUAGUGGGGAAACUGCCAGCCGUCUGCGCAAGGAGCGAGAAGAUGAACUGGCUAUGGUCUGUGCUGUGCUUGAUCGUCGAAACCCAUGGAGAGCAGAGUCUAUGAGACAAAAGCAGAAGAAAAGUGAAGAAAUAGCAUUCUUGGAGCCAUCCAGAGAGAGUCGGAGAAGGAGAGUGAGAAUAGGCAGAGGAACUGUCGCCAUGGGCCCGAAACCAGAUACACAAGCAGACUCAAGUGGAUCAGAUUUUGGAGAGCCCUCUGUGGAUAGAAGUGAGAAGUCCCUGGAUUUUUGUGAAGAGCGCAGUGUUUCCUCCCUAGAGGUCAGACUUGGAGGAACUAUUGAUUCUGAUUCCUCUAAGGGGUUUAGCCCUCAGGAACAAACGUCAUCGUCAUCCUCUCCUUGUAAGCAGUCAGAAGAUGUGCAGGAUGGAGCUGUAAUGUCGCCUGGUGUUGAAAAUGUCAGGAGCCAGGUUACAAUGGAUAACUCUGAAUUUAUAGAUCAGUUGUUUGAGGGUGUCUUGGACAGCAGUGAGGGAUCAGAAGAAAAUGACUUAGACCUUCCUCCAAUGUCUGUAUUAUCACCUCUUACCAAGUCUAUAGAUCUACAGGCAGCCAUUAGCCCUCUGAACUCUGUUGUAUCCAGCUUACCCGAACUUCUAGUGGACCCCCCAGAAACAUCUUCACCUCUGCAGGAUUCUCAACUUCUAUACAGUAUUGAUGCCUAUCGGACACUCCGGAGAAAUGUACAAGUGGACCCUGGUUCCCAGCUCUCUACCAAGUUUCAGACUGAUUCCUCUGGAGAGUCAGUGACCGCACGUAUCGGAGGAGACACAAAGGAACUUAUCAAGCUUCUUAGUAAAGAUGUCUAUAGUCUUCAGCGCAUCAUGGAUCAAUCUUGCAGAGCUCUGAGCUGUUGUGUGGAUGCUGAGCAUGGCAAAGGAACACGACAAGAGGCUGAAGCAGAGCGUUUAUUGCUAUUGUCUGAGGAGAAACGUAAAGCCCUGCUUAAAGAGCUGGACCGCCUCCGUGGUGAAAAGCCAGACGUACCUGAGCACAAUACUGAAACCAUUAAGCCUUGCCAUGCUACUAUUACCAUCUCUGACAUCCGCCUGCCACUAAAGGUGGAUUAUGUGUGUUCCACUAUUCGUGAAUCAGGAUUUCCAAGCCACUAUUUUCUCAUACUUAUCCGGUUUGGAGCAUACGAUAUUGUUGCCACACCUCUUGCAAGUGCUGCCGAUGCUCAAACAGGGGACACGAUCUUAUUUCCUACAACUGUGACACUAAAAGAUGUCAGCUCUGACUUCAAGAUUGAAAUUGAGGUUUACAGUCUGGCUCAGACUAAUGCAAUACCUAUGAGUGAGAAGCGCAAAACUUCAAAACCAAAGAUCACUCCAAAAAAGCUGCUUGGCUCGAGAAAAUCCACCCUUAACUCUCCAGCCUGCAGUCCCGCAAUUGGCAGUAUUCUGAGAUCCAGUAACUUCCUCAUGGUUGGGUCUCUGACAUUAUCUUUGGAAUCGUUGGGCAAAUUCAAGUUUUCCUUGGAAAAGAUGAAAUUGGAAGGCAAAGUCGGGCGCAUACUUGGAAAUCAUUUUCAGGAUAAGGUUGUUACCAAAUUCUUGCAUCCUUCCUUUUUUCUGUAGGAUAAACUAGCGAGGUUUUAAUUUUUGCUGAAAUUAACAUCUUUGUGCUUGUAGUGUAGUGGUCAUGGAGCAAAGU